UCUAUUUGCAAAUCCUUCCCUUAAUGGGCAAUGACUUGGAAGGCGACCCGAUUCUGAAGUCUUCAGAAGUCUCAUGGGUCUUACGUUCUCAAUGCUCUUCCUUCAACUGGGUUUCUUGCCCGAGCCCAAAUACGUACCUAGCUUCGCUUGAGCGGAUGUGAUCAGAGUAAUGCCCUUUGUACCAAAGCCUCUCUUUUUUCUAUGGUCAUGGAUCUCUUGAGCCUUUCCAGGUCCAUGCCUCGAUUUUUCCAUCCACGUGGAAUCGUCAUCACCCAUAGCACCCUACACCGACCUUUAUUAAGCUCGGCACGGCAAUCCUGCCUUGCGAAAGUUGCAGCCUACCAUAUUUUCUGUACUUUGUCUCUUAUAUGAUGCCACUUAUUUUUUGUGUUCCUUUGGAUUGAAUUGUGCGUCCCAAUGGCUGUAAUUACUGGUGUUGCUUCUGGCGAUUCCCACGAUCUUUUCAUAGAUUGGUUCCAGUUUGUAAGUUCCUACCUACAGAUCAAAAAAGAUCCCUAGCUCUGACAGAGGUUAGGUUCUCAUUGCAUUUAUCCUAGUUUCCGUAGGCUUAGGAGUGUGUUUUAUCUCGUUUAAUCUUUUUUCCAGACUUCAAAGAAUAUGGAUUGUAAGUAUCCCCCCCUGCAAGAACGUUUGCUUAUUUAUGAAACGGAAACCCCCUCGAGAAAUUUCCCUUUUUUACUCAAUUGCUGACAUCCUCGGCGUAGCAACACAGAACGAUUUCCAAGAAAGCCCCCGCUUCGGUUAGAACGUAUAUAUCACACGCUGCCCAAAACCUCUCUCACUGCAAAAUUGAAACGACGGAAAAGAAGCCGUGCAGCUAUGGAAUAUAUCUCGGGGCCUUCGAAUGCCCGCCGACUGAGGCUCAAGAAAAGCUGUUGUCACAUUGGGACCUUCUUGUUUUUGAUCCGCUGCAGCCGGGCAUCGUUGAAGCCAUGCUAUCACGCCUAUAUGCAAUACCACCACAAGCGCUUGCUCGGAUUGAUGUCGAGUCAAUGGCCAUUGGGGGACCAGAAAACACGAUUGUCUCUGUUACAGUGUGGCUCAUUCGAUUGAUGGAGGCUUGCAAGGUCGCUUCAAGUCAUCGGAAUAUUGUCACUGGCGUUCUCAUUGCCAAUUGGGAUGAAUACUUGAGUAUCCCUCUUAUAACACAUUUCAUUUAUCUAUUACACUCGCUUGGGCUCUCUGUAUAUCUCGAGGUUUCUGCCCCUCUGUUCCUCUCCGAUCCAGGAAUUGCAGAACUAGACGAGAUCCGAGGCCUGGUCAUUCGCAAUGGGACAAUCUCCAAAUUCGGCGAAGAACGAGAUGCAUUCCAAAUGGCACAAAUGCGGCCUACGAUCAAGGCAUUUGUUUCCCAAGCUUGUCUUCGUAGUUUCGUAGUCAUGCUGUGGGAAACUAUCGACGAUAAUGUGAUACCUUCUAACGCUAUUGUCAAAAGAUGCUAUCAGUGGUCAAGGUUCUAUAGUGCUUUGCCAUGGAUCGGUUCCGCAGCCGCUCUCACUUCUGCGGAGCUCUCAAUUCAUCAGACGGAGCCUUUAGGGGCAUUUGACUGGCUGAAGGAGCUCAAGGUCAUGAAGAUUCAUGACAAAUGGCGAUCAAACCAAUUGGUAUGUUUGAUAUUCUCGCCCUAGUGGAUUCGUCUUAAAUCUAACGAAUUCAACCAGAUUGCUCUACAGUAUAUUUCGGAGACUUCCGAGCAUGUUGAUCGCCUUCGUCAUAUCCUUUCUAUACCUACAGUACAAGAGCAAGAACCGUCGUCGUCCUCGGUCGAUACUGAGCGCUCAAGCUUCGGUUCUGCGGAGAGUUCUGGCAACCCUCCUGUUCAUGGUUGGUCCUCCGAUGUCACGAGAACCAAGUCUUCUAGCAGAACUUCGUCUCCUACAACCUCCACAGAGGCUUUCCCCGUCCCCAGUAGCUCAUUGAGUUGGCUUUUCUUCGCUGAUAAUAAGACGGGGAAUGUGAUAUCUACUUCUUCAAAAGGGCCAUCCUUUGAUUAUCUGGGGUGCUUUCCCCUUGGGUUCGAUGUGACAAAGAAAGCAUUUGUUGACGUGAUUCAUAACCAGCGGCGAUUUGCCGACAUGAGUCUCUUGGAUGAAAUACAACAGCCGAAGAUGCAACAAAUUGGUAAUCAACUAAAUAAUUUCUGCGAGACUCUCUAUGAACAGAAGGAGGGAGGACCGUCCGAUUGGACGGCAGCCGUGCAAGAUCUUGCUCACAGACUUACCAAAAUCCAACCCGGAGCACCAGACUCGAUCAAGGCAUAUAUUGGCCUUGAUCAAGGUUUCCGCAUUCAACCCGAUUUCCACUUCUGGGGGGUGUACUCGACCGAUGAAGACCUUGUUCUCAACUUAUUUCUAUCUAGAAACGUACCUGACCUUGCUGGUGCCAUUUUGCACACGUUUCUAUCUAGUCAAGGCUACCCCAGACACGAGUGCUUCCAGGCCGAGAUUUUGUUAUCGGGGUGGUCCAAAAGUCUCUUGAGACCUUCUGGGCUAUCACCGAGGAUUUUGAAUGACCUUACUCUUCUGUCGCCCGCCGAACUUCUCAGGUUUCUUCAACGACUCACCUUGUCUCCCGUAUUGGAUGAUGACUCCCUGACCAACCUGCUUCGUCGGGCUUGCGAAGUUCAACUGCUAGGCUCAACUGACUUUGCGCAGCUGAAAGAAAUAAGUACUAUUGGGUACCUCAGUGGUCGAGCUACGGCGGAUGACUUGAUUGAAUCCCGGUUUCAAUGGUAUCGACGAGCUGGGUGCCAACACUCAAGCCAGGAAUUAGCACGCAACAAUUUUCUUCAAAUUGAUGCUUCUGUCACUGAGCUACUGAGAGAAAGGCGGAUCCAUGAUCUCCAAAACAUCACUGAGGAGUUAACUGCUGCUCUCGAAAAUAAGGAAAUCGAUUCACGUGUGGACCUUAUAGCGUUUUCCGUUUUCUGCGCAAUGAGAAAACACGCUUUUGACGAAGCAUAUAUGGAAGUCACGGAUAGAAAUACACUUUUCAAUGAUCAGAGUGACCAGGCGGCUGCCUUUGCGGAGCUGUUUGCAACUGGGGCUCGAUGUGAGGCAUAUUUUGACACCACUCCAAGUGCCUUUGGAAAACUACUCUCUGAUCGAUAUCGAGCAUACCAUCACCAACCCGGUCACGAACCACCGAUUUGGUCGGAUUUGGAUCCAACGACACCAUCAGCAUAUGCUGCAGCCAAGAUUGACGUGGAUCCCAAUUCAAAGAGAAAGGGUAUGGCGGUUCACCAGAGGUUCACAUUUUUGAGCGUCUUUGCCAUACCAGCUCUCCUUGAUAUUGUUCUUUUAACCACAACUGGUAGAGGAUUAUAUCUUAGCGGAUAUAUGAGCGACGAUGAACAGUAUUCAGCGACGCUCGCAUUGAUGAUAUCCCUUCUCAUUUCAGGAUCAGUGGGUACCUGGAUCACAUGCGGUGGAUCCUACUAUCUUAUAUCGAUGGCAUUUUCAGCAAUGAAUAUGUUUGUUCUAACUAGAUUAGUUGGCGGGCUAGCGUUUACCUUGGCAGUUGCCGUUAUUGGUUUUGUUGCCGUUGGUGCCAUCAAUGGCAUUGAAGCGGGGAUUAUAUUCUUUCUUUAUCUAAUAGCUCUCACUUCCUAUCUUUGUUUACUGGCGACACUAGCGAAUUUCCAAUACCCUGGUUCCGCAUUUCAAUCAGUGAGUUAUCAUAUUCUCAAUUCAGAUAUGAAACUGAUAGCUUGUCUUCUUAGGGACGCCCAGUGAUAAUAAUGGUCGUUCCUUGCCUUUUUAUUUCACCCAUAAUCUGUGUGUGGGUCGAAGAAAAGGAGAUCUACAUAUAUUUAUCCGUGAUAUAUACCUUUCUAAUCUUGUUAGUGCUCGGUGUACGUUAUACUGGCUCUAAGUGGACAACUUGGUACUUGGAUAUUGAAAAGCUUACCGAUAAACGCUUGCGAGAAUGGUAUAUUGAGACCCAGGAAGAUGGCGACGAGAAGUCAUUGGCGGGGAUGACAGAUCCCGCAGUGCUAAAACUGGCUAGAGCUGCGAUGAUAAGGGAAGUCACAGAUACUCGGACGCGCUUUCGACAGAAGUCUGGCGACCCUCUAGUGUCUUCGCUUGCUAAAAGCUACGACGCAACUGUCUUCUUACUCGAAUGGUAUAGUGGGUAUUCGGGGACACCUCUCCCUAUGCCAUAUUCUUCGACUUGGAAUAUGCAGACGAAAGUAGCCUUGCAGACACUUAAGCAACUCCGUAGGUGUUUCCCUAAUUCUUUCUUCCCAAUUAGGCUGUGUUCUGGGGGUUUGGAGACUAUUUUCAACCCAAAUGGCCUUAUAAUCAUCCUGAAUCUGUCCCCUAACUCUAAAUAUAUGCUAACUCCGAGAUGUUUUUUCAGAGACGGGUAUUCGACUUCAUAACGCCUUCAUACACUGGCGCCAAGCUGGCGACGAGGUUGGAUGCAGUCUGCUAUACUUUAUCGUGGCGCUUCUCGACAAAUGGUCAUCUAUUCUCGACGGUGGACAAUCUCUGGGUCUCGCCGCCAUGAACACAAAGUACCGCAUGCCAGUUGGGUUCUCUCUCGCCUAUUAUCUAAUUGGAGCAGUGCUCCUUGAUUUCAAUGCUGCCAAGCUUCAUACCAUGUCUGCCAAAGGCCAGAACAUGCUCAUUGGAGAAGUGAAAUCAAUACCACAAGCAGUCAAGAGAGAAGUUCGAGCGAGGCGAUCUCUUUACUGGACAAUGCUUGGCCGCUAUUUAUUCUUCCAUGUCUGGAGUCUGGCACUUGCUUCCACCCUUCUUUGGGUAUUCGAUAGUACAAAAGACUCCACCAUACUUUUCAUAUCCUAUGUCGCUGCUUACACGGGUAUGUACUACCCUUUGAAGAAAAGUUCUCUUGAAAACUAAGUCUCUAUAGGCCUUCUAUGGUACCAGGUGAAAUUAAGAAUGAGACACCAUAGACCCAAACUGACUGUACUUAUAGUAUACUAAGAUAUUCGCUGGCGCACGGAGUUUCAAGCCGUUGCUUGUUGCUGUCGUCAUUGGCCUUCCACUGGGACAAAUCCUCAGGGCAUACUACCCAGAUUUCAUGUAUUGUGACACGGUAACUUUAGGUACUGCUACUUGGACUGCAGCGCUACUUUCGUUAUAUUAUGCACGGAUAAAGAUGACAUCUAUAUACAAGAACUCUGACUCUUCAUCAGACUCCGGAUACAGCAAUUUGGCACCUGAUGGUGACUAUCAUGCUUUUUCCAGCCCCGGAAAAGAUCCUUUGUUGUCUCAGGAUGAGCUCCGAGUCGUCUUCCAUAACCUCCGAGUAAUGCGUGACGAAGAGCGUUACCGGGUCGAUCCUCAAAAUCACCCUGGUCUUGAAAUCAAGGCUAAACUUUUGCACGCUCUUGGAAAUUAUCGAGAGCCACGAACGACACUAUCAAAAUUCGCACUUGACGCAUUCCCCCAAGCAAAAGACAUCUUGGAACUUGCAACUUUCGCUUUCGAGCGUGGGACAGUAAUCAUUGAUUGUGUUAGCGUAGCAUCAAUGAAUAAUGCAUUUGAUAACGUGAGGGCUGUUAGUCAUUUCUUGGAUGGACAAGUCCAUAUACUUGUUGGUUGUGGGAUGAUGGACGAACAAAAAGAUCAAAAUACCAUCAGUAGCUUCUGCCAGAGGUGGGCUUCUUCACUCCAGUUUUCUCUGCUUCGCUAAAUCUAGAUAUUUGUAGUACGGCCGAGAUUUUGAUCCACACGAUAGCAGAGAGUCUCAUGGGCAUGGGCCAUGAAGAUGCAUGUCUUGCAGAGACACUACUUGCAGCAUCCCCGUUCUCUGGGCGUACACAACAAUCAUCUCCGAUCCCUAGUUGUGUUAAAGACUACCUAAGUCGGUCAAAACCUUCUUCAGAGAAGGCUCAAGAGCUGUCCCGUUUUCUUGAAAGCCAAAGCUUGAAACAUCUGGCACUUGGGGUUGACGUUGAUAUAAAGUGGGACCGACUUCGACGUGAUAUCCGAGAGUUGAUUAUUCUCAGAUGUACUGGGUCAGAAGUAGCAUUGACCCGGUCUCAACACGAGUGGGUGGUAUUCAACCGUGCUCGGGACGUCUCUAUGGGACUAUUCCUAACGCGUUGCAACUAUGGCGCUUUUGUUGCUCUGGCUUGUCGAGGUUAUUCACUGGGCGAGAGAGAAAACAACGGAGUCGAAGACUUAUGCCACCAAGACUCCAUUGAAUCACUCAAGUUCUUGCGAGUCCUGCCAAAUGUUUCCAAGCGAACGCCGAGGGAAGCUCUUCGCCGUUGGAAAGGUCCUUUCAGCUACGUAUACCACAAUGCAGGAAUCUUUCUCAAAAUUGUCGCCAUUGCAUUUGUGGCUGAGCCUGAAUUUCAACGCGAACUCACUUACGCCUUUCAUUCAAGCAAUAAAAUCCUUCGACGUGUCAAUAUGUUUCUUGCCACCGGGGUGUGGAGGUACACGAAGUUUCUUCAAGAUUUGGUGUUGCCGGUUUUCCUCUUUUAUGGUCGCAAGAACGUCAGCACCCUGUGGGAUCGCAUCGGUGGUACUACUGUAUCUCUCAAGCGAUACAGAAUUGCUAUUGAACAUACAGAUGGACUGUCUACUGCUUUUAUUCACGCGCCUUAUGGUAGAGCCGGUACAUUCAAAGUUCACCAAUACGCAGGGAAGUUAGAUCGAGAGCCUGAAGAUAAUACCAAGCUGCAGAGAAUUAGUACCUACAGCAAGUCUAAACUCUUGCUUCGAAGAUACGAAUACUCUAAUGGCAUCAAAGGUAAUGUGUAUCGGUAUGAGUACCAAGAUACCAACAUACUGCCACAAAGAAAAUCUCUUUUCAAGGCGCCUAAUAUCCGAUACCCGAUAUCGAGGAAGUGUGUGGAAGGAAAGGAUGAGUUCGAAGAGGUUAACUUCAACUCCAGAGGUCUUAUAGAGAGCGGAUCAUACAUCCUUCAUGGGAGCUUAGUGCGAUUUAAAAGCCAUCACCGCCAAGGGAGCGACUUCGAGGACGAGCUUUUGAGAGCCGAGUUCGUUCUGCCCCAUCUCACUUGUACAGUGUCGUGGUCUGCACCACCAGCCACCCAUCAAGAAAAGCUAGACAAGUGGAUACCACACUCUCAAGUUACUGAGGCUACCUUUGUACUUGGUUCUGAUGUUUACGAGUCGCACUGGAGUUACGACCAUAAGUUUCAUCCCACAAUUCACACCACAUUGAAUGGUGCAGUCAUAGAGACACCUCCUAUUAUCCAAUGGGAUCACCUGGGAGUGUUGAAAAAACCUGUCAAUUCCAGUUUCUCUUACGAUGAUCAGCUUGUCGGUUUCAAGAGUCUCAAUUCGCAUGCGCUGCCCCGAUGGUUAGGUCUAAAUACUCAUCGCAAUCCAGUAUCCACAUCACGUGCGCGCUCAAGGCUUUGGAGUGCGUGGAAAAACAAACCGGGAUUCGAUGGUGUUAUGGUGAGAUAUCUUGACGAGAGAUUAUUGAGAGGAGAACCCUUGCUACGAACUUACUGGAGUAGACGUGACCGAGGUGACCUUGCUGGUGCGGAAAAGUUUCUUAAUGAAAACGCAGAUGGUAUUAUGGCAACCGUUGAUGUGGACAAUUCCAUCUCUGGGUGGGCACCUCUGGCAAUAAAGAUUGCCGAUCUAUACAGCUUUGGACAGGGUGGCGAUGCGAAUAGUCGAACAAGAUCAAAAGCUCCGGAUUUCGACAAUGGUGGCUUGCAAGUUCUCGCAGUGGACUCAGGAACUUGGCCAAAUGAAGGCGGCGGAGUAUCGGCUUGCCGUAGGGACAUGAUUAACAACCUUCGUUCUGUCAGUUGGCAUAUGGUUGCUGAGUCUGCCAAUGACUCCGGUCUUCCGAAGCAUCAGGUAAAAUCUAAAUUCUCUAGUCUAUAUGAUUAUACUGACAUAUUAGACGGAGAUGAAUGUGCGUAGUCUCAAAGUAAUUCCACUCUGGGGUUUGGACUUUCUUACCCCUACCCAUGGGCUGUUCAAGGAUAAACUUGACACAGAAGUUGAACACGUUCCCAGAGAUGCAACAAAACUAGAUGUUGAACGCAAUUUCCUCCCAAUUCUCAAUGCCUUGGUUAAAGGCGCCAGGACCUCCAAUUUUACCAUGAGCGAUAUUGCGCAAACCACUCGUGCUUUGGUGAAUCUGAAUUCCUACUUCUCAGACUCUAAGCACUGGGGAGCGAUAUGGACAAGUGAUAUCGUGAAGAAAGCCUGGCGGAAUCUAUGGAUCAGUCAAACUCUAGUCAGUCCAACGCCUUCGGAGUCUUGGUUCCAAACAGAAUUUCCGACCGUGGCUCAACUUGACGCUGCCCUCGAUCUCUGGUAUCGCUACUUGUUCAUAUUCUCGAUACCGAUUCCUGAACGUAUACCUGCGAUAUUCCAGGCUUCGCAUCACAGCGUUAGUGCCUCCUAUGGGAUCGUUUGCAAGCUCAGGCGUGGAUCGACGCUCCAAAUCUGGGAUCACGCAAUUAGUUGGCGAGAGACGAACCUCUAUCUUUCCUCUGACCUUUGUACCAUGGCACCAUUUGUGCGGAAUGCGUUACUCGGUCUUAUGCGAAUUACUAGUCAAUUGAUUCUGCAUCAUGCAGACACAAUUCUUCCUUGCGCCGACUUUUUCAAUCCCGGAUGGGAAACUGAAAUUGGUACUAGUCAAGGCCAGCUCGAGCACCGCAACACUUUCAAGAGGAAGAUUGAUCCAGUGGUGAACGGUAUUCCUGACAUGUCUCAUUUCGCUCCAAUAAAAGGGGAUCUCAAGUCCAAACUGCCAACUGUUACGAUGCUCUCCCAUGUGUGGUAUGCAAAGGAUAUUAAAACUGCCAUUCUAGCAGCUGAUAUCAUCGUCAAUGAGUGGGGUUUCACCGAUUAUCGCCUCGACAUAUACGGAGCUAUCGACAAAUCCCCUUCCUAUUCGACGGACUGCUUUGAAAUCAUAGCCUCCAAAUCACUUCCUCGAUUCGUCAAUAUGUGCGGUGAAGCGAAUCCAACCACAGUCCUCGAGAAAACAUGGGUCUUUCUCAACUCCUCUAUUUCAGAAGGCCUUCCCCUCGCACUUGGCGAAGCGGCACUUACAGGUGCCCCAGUAGUCUGCACAGAUGUAGGCGCCUCCCUUCGGGUUCUUACCGAUCCAGAUACCGGAGCAAGAUACAGCGCAGUUGUUGCCCCAAACGACGCCCGUAACCUAGCCCGUGCACAAAUUAAUUUCCUAGCCCUCCUAGAUGAAUGGGCGCCCUAUGCAGAAGACCCCUCGGACUUCACAGCUCCAACGAUAACUGAUAAACCCACACCUUCAGAAGUAGCAGCAAUCACAGCACGCAUGUAUGCUAAAACCCAACAAAGAAGAGCCCUGGGAAUGCGAAGCAGGGAAAUCGUACAGAAGUCUUUUGGUGGAGAACGCUACCUCCGGGAACACGAACAGAUGCUUUGGAUAGGUAAAGCUCGUUAUGACCUCUCGAAGGCAUCUUCGAUACCUAAGCGACCAGAAAUGCGUCCACACAUGCCUAGUAUGCCUAUUCCAUCUAAUGUUUGGGGCACAGCAGGUGUAGGGUCUUCGACUCCACCCGCACGUCCGCAGCUAUCUUCUACGCAAACUUCGAGUUUGAUGGUUCCUUCGCUGACAGCUACGACUUUGAUGUCCCCUGAGAUCAGAAGUCACUUUGAUAGUGGGUAUCGUACGGGUGCUAGUAGAGCUUCAACCUUGUGGCAAGGUAGCGGAGUGCAAAGUAAUGCAACAGCCAAAACCACAGCGUCUGUUGUUGGGCCAAGGAAAAUGAUGCCUGCAAGAGUCAGAGAUUUGGCUAGGAACGAGGGAUGGGAAAAGGGCAAGAGUUCUGGUGCGUCGGUCGUCAAGGUCAAACCAUUCAUGGGGGAAGAUUCUUUUAUUAGAGAUGUGACUGUGGCGCUUCAACGGGUAUAAGAGUGCUUACUGUGGACUUGGUUUUUCCUUGGUUUCUUCUUUGCAAAUUUAUGCGUAUACUCAUGGGCCACUCAUUCACUUUACAAAGGUCGCAUUUGGGAUUCUGCAUUUUUAGAUGCGUUUUAUUUUCCUUGUUUCCUUUUCAGUCUUUUUAUUUUGGUUCUAGCAUUUGAUAAAGAUCUUUUUUUUUGGAUCUUUUGUGUUUGGGGUGAGGUUCUCUUAUAAGAACGCUCCUUGAUUGAUGUACAUAUGUGAG